AUGCCUUCCAAAUUCGCUGAGAAGGAAGGUGUGUCGUCCCGCGUCCCGGAGAUCAUGGCCGCCGGAACCCACUCCCCAGGUGGGCCCAACGGCAUCAUAAGGAGUCAGUCCUUCGCCGGGUUCAGCACAUUACAGGAACGGCGCUCACGGUGUAACUCCUUCAUUGGGAACUCCGCGGUACAGAAGAAGCCUCAGUCCAAGCCCAAGAAGUCCCAUCUGUCCGGCCACAAAGGAGGCAGCAGCUCCAGAGAGCCCCAGCCCAAAAGGCUGGAGGAGGUUUACAACGCACUCAAACAAGGCUUGGAUGAAUAUCUUGAAGUUCAUCAGACAGAGCUGGACAAACUCAUGUCUCUGAUGAAGGACAUGAAGAGGAACUCUCGUCUGGGAGUGCUUUACGAUCUUGACAAACAAAUCAAAAGCAUCGAGAGGUACAUGAGACGUCUGGAGUUUCAUAUCAGUAAGGCCCAGCUCAGCUCAGGCGUCCCACCACAUACCACAGACAGACAGACAGACGGGGUGGGUCCCAGUCGGUGGGUGGGUGGGUGGGUGCUGAGGGCUGCUUGGUUUGAGGUGGAGUGGGUGGAUGAGCUGUACGAGGCCUUCUGCAUCCAGAGCCGGCUGAGGGAGGGGGCCAGCCGGAUGAAGCAGGCCUUCUCCUCCUCUCCUUCCACCAAAGGCACCAAAGAGAGCAUCACAGAAAUCUUCAUGCGGUACGGUCGCCAGCGUUGGAAGCUAAAGGGGAAGAUUGAAGUCAACUCCAGACAAAGCUGGGAUGGAGACGAGAUGAUCUUCAUGCCUCUCAUCACAGACCUCAUAAACAUCAAGGUGAUGGAGCUGAAGGGUUUGGCCACUCACUUGCUGGUGGGCAGCGUCAUCUGUGAGACCAAGGAGCUGUUCACUGCCAUGCCUCAGGUAGUGGCUGUGGAUGUCAAUGACCUGGGAACCAUCAAACUCAACCUGGAGGUGACCUGGUACCCCUUCGAUGUGGAAGACCUGACUCUGUCGUCGGGAAAUUUGAGCAAAGCCACAGCUCUCCAGAGAAGAGUUUCCAUCUACAGCCAGGGGACACCAGAGACCCCCACUUUCCAGGAAAACUCCUUCUUUCCGCAUCCCGUGGAGCGCCAGCGCCUCUCCUUCCUCCACAUGCUCCGGGACGCGCUGCUAGAGAAGCUGAGGCGUAGUCGCUCGUUCGGGGACCUGGCCUCGCUACGGCCAAGGCCCAAAUCCAGUCUGGAGGUCUAUUCCACCUUACCGGACGAUGUCUUUGAAAAUGGCGGCUGCGGCGUGGCUGAGUGCAAACGCCUGUCCUUCACCUUCUCCGACACCUCGGGUUCGACGCCCAGCCCCAGCCCCGCCCCGAGCACCUUUUCCCAAAGCCAGUCCAACCCGGAGAUCACGGUCACUCCCCCGGAAACGGAAUUAUCCUCCGUGCAAAUCCUUCCGGCGAGGGCCGACUCGAUCGCGGAGGAGCAUCUGGUGGAGGAAGAGGAGGAGGAGGAGUACGAAGAGGACGGGGAUACGGGCAGUAGGGGGAGCAGGGGCAGCAGGACCAGCGCCAGCCUGGUUAGCGACGAAGCGGAAGUCGCCGAAGACUCCGAAUGGGAGCGCACGGAGUCCCAGCGCAAUUCCAGCUCCAACUGCGGCUCGGCCGCCCCCUCCCUGUGCUCGGACGGACACCUGUCCACCGUGGCCCCCGAGGAUGUUUUCCUGGAUCAGGCCGACGAGCUGAAGCCCGUGGAGCUGGACACGGAGGAGCCCGGCAGCCUCACCAGACAGCUGGUGAAAAGGCUGACCUCUUCGGAAAUCGCGCCCGCCUGCGAGAGCUCCGCCGAGGUGGGGGGGAGCCCCAGCUGGGCGGGAGAGGGGAGCAGAGCUUUCCUGGAAAGCGGACUGGAAGAGGCCAUCCACAGCCUGCUGACCAGACUGGAAAGCCGGUCGUCCAGCCUCAGUCUGACCGUGGAGAGCGCCUUGGAAAGCUUCGACUUCCUCAACACGUCUGACUUCGAUGACGAGGAUACUGGAGACGACAACGCUGGCCUCAGCCUUCCCCCGCGGAGGUCUCCAAUUUUUGACACGGAUGGGGAGAGGAUCGGGGUCCAGCAUCCGGAGGCCAGAGGACACCUAAGUGAGGCCCUGACAGAGGACACAGGCGUGGGCAACAGUGUAGCAGGAAGCCCCUUACCACUCACCACUGGGAAUGAAAACCUGGACGUAGCCAUCGUCAUCCACCUCCAGUACUGUAAUCACCUCGUACAGUUGCUGACCAGCGGGACGGGGGCGUGGCAGCGGCGAAGUCUGCUCCUCAAAAUGUCCGAACAGACGCAGCUGCUGGAGGAGCUUGCAGAGAUCAGCGGAGACAGACUCGGGGCGGUAACUUCUGCCGUAGACGUCCUCCCGAGCCUGGCAGAGCGCCCACAGCUGAUGACGCUGUGGUCAGAGUUCAGCGGGUCUGCGGGGCUUUUCCACACAACCCUGGACAGAGUGUUCAAGCACAUGAACCAGCGCUACACAGCAGUGCUGCAGGAAAGACACCCACACAGUGCUGACACAGUGAUUGCCAUGGUCGUAGGUGAGAUGGUGGACAGGAGCGACCUGGCGGCGGUGCAGGAGCCUCCUUCGGCCACGCUCUCCCAGGACGUCCUGACGGUGUUCCAGUUCCACAGCUACAUCGUAGAGCAUGAGGUUCAGGACAUGGAGACUCACCUGCUGCACCUGGCAAGAGAGGAGGUGUUUGCGGAGGUCCUGUGCAGUGGAGAGGAUCCUCGACGUCUAGAGGAGCUGGAAGAGGUGCACCUGUCAUCUCUCUGGCCUCAAAAUAGCACCCUGAGGGCCCUGGCCUCCCUGCUGACCGCCGAGAACCCUCAGGUCAACAAGGCGGCCGCCGACUACCUCGCUUCGGGAGCAUCAAACAGACACUUCAGGACCAGGGCCGUGGAGUGCUACACUCAGGCACUGUCAGAGGCGGGAGUUCAGAGCCAGAGGGCCGCGUGCUCCGCGCUCAGCUGUCUGCAGGCGGUGGAGAGCAUCAGGGCAGUGGUAGCCCUGUGCGAUUCAGCCGACGAGGAGCUCCGUCACGUCGCCAUAGAAACCCUGCUUACUUUCGGUGAGUGUUAA